AUGUUUCAGCGGUGCGCGCGAUUCAUCGGCUUUCGCAAUACCGUCGUAUUUACUGUCGGCUUGGGUAUCCUGCUUCUCUGUAAUAGCAUCUUGUUGCUUUGGCAAUUCCGCUCGCCUUCACAACCCGCACAUCGCGACAAGCUCAUUCACCAUGGACCAAGCACGCUGGAAUUGCACCCCAUCGAUGAGCUCAAGGUACACGCCCAACGCAAAUUUGGAGAGCUCAUCUCAGAACAAACACACGACCUAUAUUCGGCAGCCGACGCAUACCGACAAAGGCGCGGUCGCAAUCCACCACCUCACUUUGACGCCUGGUUUGAGUAUGCGCAGAAACACGAUGCGGUCAUCGUGGAAGAACUUUUCGAUCAGAUCUACCGUGAUCUAAGGCCCUUCUGGGGUGUUUCUGCGAAUAGCAUGCGUGGCUUUGCACAGCACUAUGAACAUCGCAUCACCGUAAGGAACGGAACCGCCACCAGGACGGAAAACCAGGGUCCAGGCACGCCGACGGACCGUAUGUUCGCGUGGUGGGAUAUGGUCAGGCGCAUGGAAGGCAUGCUACCUGACCUCGAUUUCGCUGUCAACGUCAUGGAUGAGAGCCGAGUCAUCGUACCGUGGGAGGAGAUGAGCAACUACACCCGGGUUGAGACCCUGACGCGGAAAAUACUGCCUGAUGAUGAGGUCAUCUCCGAGUAUAGUGGCUUCCAAGCUCCAGACGAGACGACUGGAGAGCCGCCUCAGGUAAACUGGAUGGGAUCGAGCGAGCCAUAUUGGGAGAUGGCGCGGAAAGCAUGUCCACCAGAUUCACCUGGCCGAAACCAGGCCGCUGCCACGAACCUUGCUGGACCUCCUCCUUUCCCUCGGGGCUAUCCAGAGCACUCGUAUAAAGGCUACGUGCAGAACUGGGACUUGGCGAGAGAUGCUUGCCAACAAAAGCAUCUACAGGAGUCCCAUGGAACAUUCAUCGAGCCGGUCUCGAUAUCGACAACUCACGCUUUGAUACCCAUAUUCGGUGAGACGAAGUUACAGCAAAAUGCAGACAUUCUCAUUCCUCCCGCCGCAUAUCUCUCCGAGGCCUUUGCAGGAGGAGACUACUCAGGUACGAAUCCCGAUGGCAAAAGUUGGUCGAAGAAGAUCGCAGGUGCUAUAUGGCGGGGUGUCGCUAGUGGAGGUCGUAACAAGGCAGAGAACUGGACGCGAUUCCACCGGCACCGCUUCGUCUCCAUGUUAAAUGGAACAUAUGUGCACAAUCUCGAAAUGGGCGCUGAGGUAGCGAACGGAGGCGAAACGUACAGUCCGCAGUCAUAUACGACGUAUCAUCUAGAGGCGACAAGACAUAUGAACAUGGGUUCUUGGCUCGAUCGGAUUGCGGAUGCCGGCUUCACGGAUCUUCUGUGUUUCCCACAGUCUGGUAAGCGAACUUGCGACUACAAUGAGCAAUGGUUCGAGGCUGUAGAGAAGGUUCCCAUGUCCAAACAGUUCGACUACAAACUCCUCCCAGAUAUCGAUGGUAACUCCUUCUCCGGGCGUUAUCUUUCUUUCCUACGUUCGACGUCCGUUCCCAUCAAGGCGACCAUCUACUCGGAAUGGCACGACGAUCGACUGAUACCAUGGCUGCACUUUGUGCCGAUGGACAACUCAUUUGUCGACAUGCACGCCAUAUUGGAUUAUUUCCUAGGCACUGGAGACGAUGAUGUGGCAGUGCUGUACGGCGCUCACGACAAAGCAGCGGAAAAGAUUGCACUUAGCGGCCAGGAGUGGGCUAACAAGGUCUUACGCAAAGAAGCUGCCUCCACACUACUGCGAGACUACUUCCAGUUCGACGCUACUUCCCUCAAUCCCCUCCGAAACCUCGACGCGUCGGCGCGCCCACCAGUCAGCAUGGAGGACCUCACCAACACCCUCGCGACGCUCGGCCUCGACAAGGUCCCGCAAGAGCCCAACACAUACCCCGCCCUUAACCCAUUCGACAUCUACCGGAGUCACAUCACCGAGCUGCUCUCGUCCGUGUCAGGCGUAGACAAGCAAAUAAUAUACCCCACACUAGCAUGGACGGCUAAGCCAGAGCAUGGAGACUUGCAGCUGGCCGUGCCUGCGCUCCGCCAGAAGAAGAAGGACAUGAAGGCCUUCGCACAGGAGCUGGCAGAUGCCUUCCCCGAGUCGCCGCUGGUCAAGAAGCCAAUUGUCACAAACACAUCCAUUGGCUUCUUCUUCAAACCGGAGACGCUCACAUCGCUUGUUCUGCCCAUGGUCCUCAAGUCCAAGGAGGCAUACGGUUUCAACAAGAACCUUGGUCUCAAGAACCCGCUCGACCCCUCCUCCGGCGCAAAGAAGAUGAUCGUCGAGUUCAGUUCACCCAACAUCGCGAAGCCCUUCCACGCUGGCCAUUUGCGAAGCACAAUCAUUGGUGGUUUCCUCGCAAACCUAUACGAGGGCGCUGGUUGGGACGUCGUUCGCAUGAACUACCUCGGAGAUUGGGGAAAGCAAUACGGUGUGUUGGCUAUUGGUUUCGACCUCUACGGUAACGAGGAGGAGCUCGUCAAGAACCCCAUUGGACACUUGUACGACAUCUACGUCAGGGUCAGCAACGUACAACACGAAGAGGCGGAGAAAAUGAAGGCUCUCAAGGCCGAAGCUGCGAAGCUUAAGGAAGACGGCAAGGACGCGUCGGAGCAGGAGGCCGAGGUCAAGAAGAUCGAAGCUGAGGGUAUCGACGAGCAGGCUAGGAAGUACUUCAAGGGCAUGGUAGACGGCGAGCCUAAGGCGCUCGGCAUCUGGAAGCGCUUCAGGGACCUGUCCAUCGAGAAGUACAAGCAGACAUACGCCCGGCUAAACAUCCACUACGACGACUACAGCGGAGAGUCUCAAGUCAAGGACGAGAGUAUGGACCUGGCUGCUAAGAUCAUGUGGGAGAAAAAGGUCUGCGAGGACUCAGAGGGCGCCGUCAUUGUCGAUCUUACAAAGCACUCCAAAAAAUUGGGCAAGGCCGUCGUCAAGAAGAAGGACGGUACUUCUCUGUACCUGACCCGAGACAUUGGCGCUGCGAUUGAGCGUGUCGAGAAGUACCACUUUGACCGCAUGAUCUACGUCGUCGCAUCACAACAAGACCUGCACUUGGCCCAACUCUUCAAGAUCGAAGAGCUCAUGGGAAGGAAAGAUAUCUCAGACAAGUGCCAACACAUCAACUUCGGCAUGGUCCUUGGUAUGUCGACCCGAAAAGGUACAGCCAAGUUCCUCGACGACAUCCUCCGCGACGUCGGCGACAAGAUGCACGAAGUAAUGAAGACGAACGAGACAAAAUACGCCCAAGUCAAAGACCCCGAGCAAACCGCCGACACACUAGGUAUCUCCGCCGUCAUGGUGCAAGACAUGAAGGGCAAGCGCAUCAACAACUACACCUUCGACAUGGACCGCAUGUGCUCCUUCGAAGGCGACACAGGCCCAUACCUGCAAUACGCACACGCCCGUCUCUGCUCCAUAUACCGCAAGGCCUGCGAUGCGGACCCCAGCCUCGCUGACCUAGACCUCACAUCCGCUGACUUGAGCUUGCUGAAGGAAGACAAGGCUGUGGAGUUGGUCCGCCAGUUGGCGUCGUGGCCAGACACUUUCCUCAACACGCUCAAGACGCAGGAGCCCACUACAGUACUUACGUACUUGUUCAAGAUGGCACAUGCGCUCAGCAGCAGUUACGACCACUUGCAGGUUGUGGGCUCGGAGAAGAACGUCAUGAUUGCGAGGUUGGCGCUGUAUGUUGCUGCUAGGCAGGUCUUGUACAAUGGUAUGAGGGUGCUUGGACUCAGCCCUGUCGAGAGGAUGUAG